AGCCCAUGGAGCCCGCAGACACUCUGACCCACCCGCCGGCCUACCCCCCGCCUCCUGUGCCCAUGCCCAGGAAGCCAGUCUUCUCCGACAUGCCCCGUGCUCACUCCUUUGCCUCCAAGGGCCCGAGCCCUCUGCUGCCACCCCCGCCCCCGAAGCGUGGCCUCCCCGAUGCAAGCCUGGCUCCCGAGGACUCCAAGAGGGACGUGCUGGGCCCAAGGCGGCCCGAGCCUGGCCUCAGAGUGCCCACGGCCUCCCGGAGGAUGAGCGACCCCCCACUGGGCAACCUGCCAACCAUGCCCAACCUCCGGAAACCCCCUUGCUUCCGGGAGAGCCCCAGCCCCAGCCCAGAGCCCCGGGUCCCUGGCCAUGGGGCUGGCUCUGCCUCCAGCUCUGCUGGCGUGGCCACUGCCACCUCCAGGAACUGUGACAAGCUCAAGUCCUUCCAUCUGUCUCCUCGGGGGCCGCCCACGCCCGAGCCCCCGCCGGUGCCGGCCAACAAGCCCAAGUUCUUGAAGAUGACUGAAGAGGCCCCCCCAAGAGAGGCAGCCAGGCCCGGACUCUUUGUACCCCCUGUGGCCCCCAGGCCUCCUGUACUGAAGCUGCCCAUGCCCGAGGCCACAGUCCGGCCCCCCGUCCUGCCCAGGCCAGAGAAGCCACCCCUCCCCCACCUCCAGCGGUCACCCCCUGAUGGGCAGAGUUUCCGGAGCUUCUCCUUUGAGAAGCCCCGACGACUCUCGAAGCCUGAGGACACGAGUGCAGAGGGUUCUGACGAUGACUAUGAGAAGGUGCCCCUGCCCAGCUCUGUCUUUAUCAAUACCACGGAAUCCUACGAAGUGGAAAGGCUGUUCAAAGCCACAAGCCCCCAGGGAGAGCCCCAGGAUGGACUCUACUGCAUCCGGGAUUCCUCCACCAAGUCAGGGAAGGUUCUGGUCGUGUGGGAUGAAAGCUCCAACAAAGUGAGGAACUACCGCAUCUUUGAGAAGGACUCUAGGUUUUACCUGGAGGGCGAGGUGCUGUUUGUGAGCGUGGGCAGCCUGGUGGAGCAUUACCACACCCACGUGCUGCCCAGCCACCAGAGCCUGCGACUGCAGCGCCCCUACGGCUACACAAGGCCCAGGUGACGCCCGUCAUACAUGCUUCUGGGCAGAGACGACCACUGGGGCUGUGGCCCCGGGCCAUGCAGACGGGACGGGCUCGCAUGAGAGCAUGAUCUGGAGUGAGCGCCAUGCUCUGAUCCAGGGCCUUGUAGAAUCUGCAAGGCCAGGCCCCACUCAGCAGGCUGGGUCCCUGGGGCUAGGCCAAGCUCUGGUCUCCAGAGGAUCGGGGGGCUCUCCUGUCCCAUGCAGACCACCCUGUCCAACCUUCCAGGAGCCCAGGGUCCCAGGACCGAGCCCCGCUUGGGCUUUGUGGACAAGAAUUCUGGUCACCUCCACCCCUCCCCACUCGCCCAGCACACUAACCCGACACUGGGUUGGGAGCUGGGCAGGGCUGGGGCAUUUGGGGUUAGGGCAGGGGCUGGCCCCCCAGGACCGACACCCCCAGGAACGCUAAGACACAGGCUCCAGGAUGGGCCAUUGAUGUACAAUAAAGCACAGAUGACCUUUCUGUC